GUUUGGUUGUGGCUAACCGCUCGGUGCAGACAACAGAACAAACACACCGCAGACUAUAAACAGCACCAACAUCAGCCAGCAGCUGGAAACUCACACCACUCUGUGCGCGUGUGAAGAGGUUUGGUUCUGUAGUCGACGGAUUAUUAUAACUAUUCAGUUUCUUUAAGGUAUGAAGAAGUUUAAAUGACACAAGUCAUCAGAUCCUGUUUUUCAGUUCAGACCCAAACAAACAGCCACAUUAUGAAGUGAUCGCCACAUUUUCAGGGUAGCUUCACCAUUAUUGUGUCCAUAAGAACAGUCAGACAUUUGCGGUCAGUUAAAAUGAGCCGUCAGCAGUCUGGUUUAUUGAAAUCCAGUGAUUAAUUUCUCAUAUAUCUGACUCUGAUAGUGUUUAUCGUCAGUCUGACUCAACAGGAUGCUGCUCCAUGACAACAGCUCUAGUGCUACACCUUCUGACUCCUGUUAUUAUUGCACCACCAAGAUUUAUCGCAACACACAAGUUAUCAGAACAGCAGCACCGAGACACACAGACACACACACACUUCCAUGGAUACAUCCCAGUUCUCUUAAAACAUUUUCCUUUUCCUCUGUCCUACUGAGAACUGGGGAGAAAGGAAACAAGGGAACUUUUUGUUUUUUAGAGAAAUUAGACAUCUUUGACUCUAAACUAUCAUCUGAAGCAACAAGUGACACAGCCAGCUCACAGCCGAAACACAGCCACGUCACAGCCAGCUCACAGCCGGAUCACAGCCAGAACACAGCCAGAUCACAGCCGGGUCACAGCCAGAAAACAGCCAGAUCACAGCCAGGUCGCAGCCAGAGCACAGCCAGAACACAGCCAGAACACAGACAGAACACAGCUGGGUCACAGCCAGAAAACAGCCAGAACACAGCCAGAAUACAGCCAGAACACAGCCAGAGCACAGCCAGAACACAGCCAGAACACAGCCAGAGCACAGCCAGAACACAGCCAGAUCACAGCCGGGUCACAGCCAGAUCACAGCCACGUCACAGUCAGAUCACAGCAGAACACAGCAGGUCACAGCCAGAGCACAGCCAGAACACAGCCAGAAUACAGCCAGAACACAGCCAGAGCACAGCCAGAACACAGCCAGAACACAGCCAGAGCACAGCCAGAACACAGCCAGAACACAGCCAGAACACAGCCAGGUCACAGCCAGGUCACAGCCUGAUCACAACCAGAACACAGCCAGAACACAGCCAGAGCACAGCCAGGUCACAGCCAGAACACAGCCAGAGCACAGCCAGAUCACAGCCAGGUCACAGCCAGGUCACAGCCAGGUCACAGCCUGAUCACAACCAGAACACAGCCAGAACACAGCCAGAGCACAGCCAGAACACAGCCAGAACACAGCCAGGUCGCAGCCUGAUCACAGCCAGGUCACAACCAGAUCACAGCCGGGUCACAGCCAGAACACAGCCAGAACACAGCCAGAUCACAGCCAGAGCACAGCCAGGUCGCAGCCAGAUCACAGCCAGGUCACAGCCAGGUCACAGCCAGAUCACAGCCAGGUCACAGCCAGGUCACAGCCAGAUCACAGCCGGGUCACAGCCAGAACACAGCCAGAGCACAGCCAGGUCACAGCCAGAACACAGCCAGAGCACAGCCAGAUCACAGCCGGGUUACAGCCAGGUCACAGCCAGAGCACAGCCGGAAACAGACUGCAGCUGUUUCUCUUUGAUAUUGUCACAGCACACACACAUCUGCUGCUGUCACACAUUUAUUGACUGA